ACUAUGACUUUACGUCGUAGACUAGGAAAAUCAUUGAGUUACAUCCUGUAUUAUACUCCAGAGCUGCUCUGACUAUUCUUCAGGCUUCAGAGGUGAAAUCCCUCAACUUCCCCUGCAGGCUGUGUGUCUGUACAGAGCUUACUUUAAUCAUUUACAAUCUGGUAAGUGGCCCAGUUGAAAGAUUCAAAGUUCUCUAACCUUCCACCAAGAUGACUCUUGCUUUUGGAAAGCCUCACACAUGAUUAGAAGCCCCACCCCAUGUCAAUCAAAAAAGCAACUGCCCCCUUCAUAGCAGAAGUGUUUGUGUGGUGUGGGCUGGGAUCUCGGCUGCGGGCAGGGAGAAGAGGAUUAGAUUACAUGCAGUGGAUCAAUGAAGAAAGAUGGAGACUGCAAUGAGGAGCCUUCUGUCAGAUAACAGCAGAUACAUCGAGUCCUUCCGCCUCUUCCUUAAGAAUUCCACUGAGCACCAGUGCAUGCAGCAGUUUAUAGAGACCUGGCUGCCGGACGCCUUCUCCAGAGCGCGUGGCCAAGACCCCGGGACUUGAAAAUGUUCAUUUUAACUGGAUCAACAAAACAGCUUUUGAGUUUGAAGUUCAAGUGAAGGAAGAGACGUCAGAAAGAAAGUAUGAUUUCAUCCAUAUGAUAGAGGUAAGUGUACCAUAGAGAUCGCGUAUUCUGCGCUGAUGAGAGCCAAUGAGACAAAAGCCGAGAUGAUUUGUAUGAUGACACUCACUUUUUUCCCAUGGUUUAUACAGCGCCUACAUAUUCUGCAGCGCUGUACACAGUGGGCGAUCACCACAUCAGUUCCUAUAUCCCUGGACAUGACUUGUGCACAUGUGCCAAAUUCCUCCAUUUUAAGGAACCAGUACAUGCUAAUUGCACCUGACCAGCCAAUGCCUUAGUGCUCUAGGUUUCCAUUGUCAAGUGAGGCCGGACUGGGGCGGAACUGAGGGGAGGCCAGCAUGACGCUGUUUGGUUGGCGAGGAGUCAGUAAGUGAAAGGGUUAAUGGCCCAGUAGCUGGGAGGUAGGGGCGUUGUCCGGGUAACUGGGGUGGGUGUGGUUGGAGGUAUUAAAAAGCGGUAGUGGGUAGGAGAUAGGCGCCAUUUUAUAAGUAGACAGCAAACUGUAGUGUAGUCAGCACUCACCAUGUCCAUAGAAGCGAUGCUGGCCCAGAUCAGGAUUGAGGCUGAGGCAAGGGGAGUGGGAUGGCUGAGGGAGCAGUUUAGAGGCCUUCUUCAGGAACCCCCAGUACCGGCAGAGAUCCCAGAGCAAGGGGCUAGACGGGCGCAGCGGGUCCGCCCGCCGGCUCGCUUGAGUCUCGACGAAAACCCACUGGUCAGGCGCCGAUUGCGGAGCCCCUCAGGGGACCCUCCACGACGGAUAUCAGCGCAGCAGGCUUUAGUCAGGCGCUCACGCCGUGGGAGGAAUCCUAUGGAGUGGCGGGCCCCUGAGCAGAUUGGGGAGUUUAACCCUCCCUCCCCCGCUCUUUGCAGCAUGGCGGCAGGAUCAGGACCAGGGUCUGCGGUCUCUCCCAGGUGUCCUGGCUCUGGGAGGUCCGCUCAGCGAGGGAGAGAUGCGGCUGUAGGACGGGCUGUGCAGGAGGCUGCCAAGGACGUGCACAGGCCCUAUGCUUCCUGGGAUGAAGAAGAAGGUCACACCCCCCAAGUGUCAGGAGCCAUCUUUAUCAAGGAACAGAAGUGACGCUAAUGGAGAAGAGGCUGGGAGGUCGGACUUCAGGUUCAGCGUGGCAAGUACAUCAGCGAAAUGUGCAAUCGGAGAUCAGGAGCGGCUGGUUACAGGAUCAGCGGCUGCGGGUUCCACAGCGCCUGUGCAGCCUGGUGAGAUUACUUGGGGUCCUCUUCUUUCUAUUCUUAGCUGUCCGGGGGUGUCGGGGAAGUGGGACAUCUGGGUGAAGUAGGAAGGGGUCUGGGACAACUUUUGGGCGGAUUGGCGGGGUGGUUAUCGGAUUUAGGGACAGGGGGAGCGUCACCACUGCCGGCUUAUGGAGUGGGUUCAGGGAGUGGGGCACCUGACGCAGGUACGGCUAGGGGGAGUAUGUGGAAAUAUUUUCCCUACUUCCUUUGUUCCUUUGGAGAAAUUUAAUUUGGAUAAAGGGAAGAAAGAUGAAGGUAGAAAAAAGGAGGAAGAGAAGCAGCAUUAUCGCUUGAUUCCGCAGAUGUUUGCAAACUGGUUGCAGGCGUUUGCAAUUUUAGCCAGCGUCAUUGGGGAAAAGGCACCAGAAUUUUGUUCGGCGCUGUUCUGUUACAUGGAAGCGGUAGGGGAGGUGUACCGGGUUUACGGGGUACAGGCUGGCUCCGGUAUGACGAAUAAUUUAGUCAGAGAUAUCUGGCUCUGGUUAAGCGUUACGGCCCUGGUGAGGUCGGGACAGUCCUUUCGGGGGGAUGUUGGGGGGUCAGGACAGGGCAAUUUUGCGGCGGCAUCAGCAAAAGGGUUGUGUUUCCUAUUUAAUGAAGGAAACUGUAAAUUUGGUGCAAAGUUCAAACAUGAGUACGCCUAUUGUGGCGGAACUCAUGGAGCGAAUAGAUGCUUUAAGGGAGGUCGACAUAAAGAGGGGGGGGGCAACGUUGGAAAAGGGGCAGACUCCAGUGCGGGUGGAAAAGAUGGCGCAUUUUUUAAAUAAGUAUCCGCAUCGGGAGGCAGCAAAGUUAUUGGAAGGAGGUUUUAAGUCGGGUUUUUACAUUCCGUCAAUUCCAUCGCAAGGUUCCGUGGUUCAUAAGUAAUUGAGGUCGGCGCUAAUUCACCCUGAGAUAGAUUCCAAAAAGUUGGCUAGGGAGGUAGUGUUGGAACGAAUGGCGGGCCCGUUUUCCGACCUGCCUUUGGCAAUGGAGGGGGGGGGGGUGGUUCCCAAAUAAAGAGCCAAAUAAGUUUUGACUCAUUCAUCACCUGUCCUAUCCAAAAGGUGCGUCGAUCAAUGAUGGUAUUGAUCCUGAAUUAUGUUUGGUGGUUUAUACGUCAUUUGAUGCGGCUGUGGCAUAGGUAAGGAAGUUGGGCCCUGGGACAUUACUAGCAAAAACGGAUAUUGAGGCGGCGUUUCGCUUGGUACCGGUUCAUUCAGAGUGUUUGCACUUAUUAGGUUGUUUUUGGGAAGAGUGUUAUUUCGUCGAUAGGUGUUUGCCAAUGGGGUGCUCACUGUCGCCCGCCUACUUUGAGACAUUUAGUUCAUUUAGUGAAUGGGUAAUAGUUGAAGUGUCCGGUUGUUCAUCAGUUAUUCAUUACUUAGACAAUUUCUUGUGUCUGGGUCCAGCGGCUUCACGGGUGUUCUCAGUCAGUUUUUGGGGAGUUCGGGGUUCCAUUGGCUGUGGAUAAGACGGAGGGGCCGACAACCGAGUUGUGUUUUCUGGGGAUUGUUAUCGACACGGAAAAAAUGGAGUGUAGGCUGCCGGAGGAUAAGUUAAAAAAAUUUAGAUUAGAAAACGGGUGGCAAAAAUCUGAUUAAAGGAGUUACACUCACUGUUGGGCAAGCUUAAUUUUGCAUAUAGAAUUGUGCCGAUGGGGUGUAUUUUUUGCUGGCGAUUGCCGUCUGCGACUUCUGGGGUUAAAGCACCACAUAAUUUUAUCCGGCUAGGAAAAGAGUUGCGGGGGGAUUUAGAUGUUUGGGCAGGGUUUCUGGAGGGCUAUAACGGGAGGACGUUAGUUAUGGGUGAAGCUGUUAAUAAUGUUGACUUUGAGCUGUUUUUCGAUCCGGCCGGUGGGGCAGAUUUCGGGGCAUACUGCCAUGGGCAAUGGUGUGCGGGACGGUGGAUCGACUCUUGGGUUACUAAGGGCUGGGUCAAAAAUUUGGCGCUGCUGGAGCUUUUUCCUAUUGUGAUGGCGGUGGUGCUGUGGGAAAAUAGGUUUGCGAAUAAGAAGGUUUGAUUUCCAUUGCGAUAACAUGGGGGUAGUGCAGGCAAUUAAUAGUUUCUCCGCAUCAUCCCCUCCAGUUGUUAAGCUGUUGCAGUUUUUAGUGCUCAGAUGUUUGUCCUUAAAUGCGUGGAUAGUGGCAGUUCAUGUUCCGGGAGUUUUUAAUUGUAUUGCGGAUGCCCUUUCUCGUUCUCAGUGAGAGCAUUUUCGUCAACUGGAGCCAGCGGUGGAGGCCAAGGGGUUGGAGUGUCCAGCUUGUCUGUGGGAAAUCUUGGAAGAAUGGUAAUGGGGCUGGUUUGGGCAUAAUUGAGUCCUGGCACUUGGACUGCGUACGGUAAGGCAUGGGAGGCUUGGGAGAGGCAGUGUGUGCAGUUAGGGACACAGGAGAUGGACAAGGAAAUGGCGUUGUUAUUUUUCGUUAUCAGGGAAGAAGGUUGGUCAGUGGCACAGUUAAAUAGGUGCGUGGCGGGCUUAGCAUUUGGCUUUCGUUUACGGGGUAUUAUGGAUGUUACAAAAAUGUUUCUGGUUCAGCAAGUGUUAAAGGGGUGGAGAAGAGAUAAACAGGCUGAAGAUGUUAGAAGGCCGGUGUCCUUUAAGUUGGUAAUAGAUAUUGGUGCUAAAUUGGGGUCAGUUUGUAGGUUGCAAUGCAUUUUUGUUAGCGUUUUUUGGGGCUUUUCGGUUGGGGGAGUUGGUAAGUAGCAGUGUCACUAGGGCAGGGGGUUUGCGGACGGGGAAGGUGGAUUUGUAUGGGGAUAGAGUGGAGAUAUGCAUUCGCAAAUCUAAAUGGACUGUGAGACCAGAGGAAGGCAGGUGACUUUGUUUGAGGUUCCGGGAUGUAUUCUUUGUCCAAUUAGGUGCUUGCGGGAUUAUGGAGGGGAGAGUGGUACCGGGACUGGGCCCUUCUUGAGGCAUGAGGAUAGAUCAUUCCUGUCUCGGUUUAAAUUCAUAGCUAUUUUCAAAAGAUGCUUGACAGUAUUGGGGGUUGAUUCAAAGGGAUAUACAGGGCAUUCUUUUAGGAUUGGGGGCGGCGACGGAAGUGGCGCAUUUGGGGUUGAGCGAGGAGGUGAUAAAGAAAAUAGGGCGUUGGGAAUCUAUUUGAUUCCACUUUUAUGUGAGGUUGGGUAGAUUUUGAGUUGGUUCUGAAGGGUUUUUGGGUAAUAUUGCUUUUGUUUUGUUGUUUAUUUGCAGGUUCGCCUUGGUGUGGAUAAUGGGACACUUGUUCGUGUUUUGGGGGCAAUAAGAGCAGAAGUCGGACCAGACGGACGGCAAUUGGGUUUCGCGCGUGAGGUUGUGGUUUUGCGGUGGAUCGGGAUGAGAGGUAUGCUUUGGGGCGGGGUGUUGCAGGAGGUGCAUAGGUUUGUGCAUUUAGAUCACCCCACAGACGUUUUGGUAUUACACGUUGGGGGAAUGAUCUUGGGACUCGGCCGUUCAGGGAGUUAAUUAGAGACAUCAAAUUUGAUCUCUUGAGGUUUUGGGCUUUGUUUCCGAACAUGGUUACGGUGUAAUCGGACAUUGUGCGAAGGCAGAAUUGGAGGGGUGCAAGGUCAGUGGAUAGGUUGAAUAAGGCCCACAUUAAUGUCAAUAGGGUGGUCGGCUGAUUUGUGUCUAGGAACAGUGCGGUUGCCGUUCGGCAUGCUGAGCUGGAAGGAGGAGUGGGCGAAUUUUUGGAGGGCUGAUGGGGUGCCCUUCAACGCGGUUAGUAUUGAUUUAUAGGCUUUGGGAAUCAAGGGUGGUAUUGAGAUAGCCCUGUGAAUGUGGAGGAACGCGCAAGCUUAAGUGGGUAAAGUUGCGCGUCGUUGACAGUGGGAGGUCCUAGAAGUUGGUGGAUAUGGUGGUCGUUGAUAAUGGGAGGUCCCCCACGGGUGGGGCUGGACUCUCAUCUGUUAACAGGAAUCGAAGCAUUAGGCGCCCAUCAGUUGGUGCCUCUGAGCUGGCGUUCAUCAGCUGGGGCAAGAUGGAGUUGCCAGUUUGUUUUGGUUAUUUUAUUUGGGAUUCUAGUACCUCCCUCGUCAUUUACUCAGGUUAUUGGGGGUUGAUGUUAAUUUAUUCAUGUUUUGUUAUGUUAUUUAUUUAAUAAAACGGCUGCUGUGGCCGAAUUAAUUCGAAUUCUGAGUCUGACUCUUAUUUGUCAGGGGGGAGCAAGAAGGGUAAGGGGUUAGGAAGACCCCUAGUCACCAAUACCCUAGUCAUACCUUUCCUGAGCAAUAAUGAACUUUAGGCAUGUGCAACGUGCUGCCCCCCAGGGCCGAUCAUGUCCCAGGUUUUUAGACAUGCAGAGUGGUGAUGUGGCCUUAUUUGUGUGUGUAACUGUGCUCCUACCUGGAUACUGUUGCCCCCCAUAAUUAGGCUCCGUAGCAAUAAAGGGGAGAAUGAUAGUUUGUGGAGUAAGAGUCCAAACUUUGUAAAUGUUCAACAACUUUACUUGAAUAAACUUGCAUACAGACAAUUUAGUCUCUCUCUUGGCUCCAGCAGGUUUUGGGGUAAACUGACAGGAAAACUUAGAUACCUUAAUUUCUCUUUCUUUGCUGUGCUAGACUGACUUCGUUCUGGCAUCUUUUGAGGGGGAUACCUUUGGCUAUUGACCCCCUCGUAAUGCUCUGUAUCUGUAAGGAGUCAGGAUGCUCUAUGAGCUGUUUCCCUUGGGAGACUCCUAAAGCAGAAGGGGGGGGGCAUUUCCCUCACUGCCCCAUGACUUGGCUCGCCUGGUUCCAACUGUUGACUCAACUAACUCUGCCUCUGCAACCCCCCCCCCCUUGGUAGGAAGCAGGACUAGCCAACUUCUGCCGUUACAAUUGGUGGCAGCAGUGGGAUCAUUCCCACAGCCGGAAGGAGAACUAGAGGAGACACCAUUCCAUAGAUUUUACAAUUUAAGGGCAACGCAUGUCCUAGUAUAGCGACCCUGACUGCUCCAGAAUGGAACCAGCAGUGGAGUAUGAUGAGGAAGACCUGGAUGACCGGGAUGCAUUAAGGAAAGGCAUCUGAUACCAGGCCCUGGAUAAUGUACAAUACCAGCGAGGCGAGAGUCUCCCCAGUGAAGAGCAGCGAUUUCAGAAGCAAGUGGCCCUGCGGAUGCUCUUACUGGGAGAGCAACCCCUUGAGGAAUGGGUGAAGGAACUUGAGCACCGGGUAUGGCAGGAGCUAUGGCUGGAGGAUGCCUACCAAGCGCUCUGGUGGUAUAUGGCACAGUAUAUACCCUGGACAGCUGAGCAUGACAA